GGGGAGCUAGCGCGUCUCAGUUGCCAUGGAGACUGGCGAGCCCGAGGAGCAGGGGUCGACCGAGUCUGGGUCCUCCGCUUUCCGGGGGUCAACAUGGACGCCAACUCCACGUCUGCUCCGGAUCUGCAGCCCCAGCCAGUCCACCUGGCUGUCCUCCCUCGCCUACACUGAGCCCUUUCAUUACAGGGGUCGGUCCCACCGCAUCGCGCCGCGCCCCGAGCCGCGCCUGCUGCGUCUGCGCCCCACCUCGCUACGCACCCAAGACAUCUCGCACUUGCUUGCUGGCGUGUUCCGCAGCUUGUACACAGCCGAGGUGAUCGGCGAAGACGUGAGCGCGAGCUUGAUCAAGGCCCGAGGCAGCGAGGAUGCGCGGCACGAGGAGUUCGUGGACGAGCUGCAGCAGAUUCGGGAGAUCUAUAAGCAACGGCUGGAUGAGGUCGAAAUGUUGGAGAGACAUAUCAUUCAGGCCCGCGCACGGGCCCUGGCGGAGAAAGAGCAGGUGAUGCACCAGGCCAAAGUAUCCGUCCUUGAGACCUUCAUCAAGAUGCCUCCAGUGAAGACUGUCUUCAGAUGGUGUGUGGAUAAUGAGUUGCUGCAGAAACAUCAUUUGAUCUGCCCAGAUGAUUACUACAGCGAUACAGUGCCAUUUUGCUCUGCACCUAAAGUCAUCUUAGAAACAUCCACCUCCUCACCUUGGUACGGUCAUUUAAUUUGUUUCCUUGGUGCCAUAGGCACCUCUGUCCCUGGAUAUGCAAAACUGACAAUUAGUUGUGAGAAGCGUUCCAUCCCAAAGAAAGAGCUGAGCAAGGAGUCUGAAGCUUCAUGCAGGAAGACAGUCACUAAAUUUGAAGACCAGUUAGACUACACUGUGGACAGCCUGACAUGGGACUCAUCUUUAAAGGCCAAACUCAAGACCAAAGAAACUUCCAAGAAAGCAAGUCCACCAAAGAAUAAAAACUGGAUGAACCACUUACGUAUGCCACAGAGAGAAUGGGAGCGACGUCUGCUUGCCAGAAUGGAGAGUCGAAACCGCUUCCUAAAAAACCCUCGAUUUUUCCCUCCUAACACUCCGCAUGGAGGCAAAUCUCUUCUCUUCCCUCCAAAGAAGCCAGCACUAAUAGGAGAAUUCCAGAGUGAAGAGCUGGGACAGAGUUGUGAUGAUGUUCCAGUGUUUCUAGCUAAGCCAUCAAUUGGGUUUUUCACAGAUUAUGAAAUUGGGCCAGUUUAUGAGAUGGUAAUCUCGCUGCAGAACACCACCGCGACCAGCCGCUACCUGCGCGUCCUCCCGCCGUCCACUCCGUACUUUGCUCUGGGAUUGGGGAUGUUCCCAGGAAAAGGUGGAAUGGUGGCUCCUGGAAUGACCUGCCAGUACACUGUCCAGUUUUUGCCCGACUGCCUUGGGGAUUUUGAUGAUUUUAUUUUGGUGGAGACCCAGUCAGCCCACACACUCCUGAUCCCCCUGCAGGCCCGGAGGCCGCCCCCAGUGCUGACGUUGUCACCAGUGUUGGACUGUGGUUACUGCCUCAUUGGGGGAAUGAAGAUAACCAGAUUCAUCUGCAAAAAUGUGGGCUUCAGUGUUGGGAAGUUCUGCAUUAUGCCUAAAAAGAGCUGGCCACCGUCAAGUUUCAGGACUGUUGCAAGCGUCAGCUUUGUCGAGCAGCCUCCCUUUGGAAUCCUGCCUUCGGUGUUUGAGCUGGCUCCAGGGCAGGCCGUGUCAGUGGAGGUCUUGUUCCACCCAACAAGACUAGGAAAGGCGGAGCAGACCUUCAUCAUUGUGUGCGACAACUGUCAGAUAAAGGAGCUGGUGACUGUAGGAAUUGGGCAGCUGGUUGCUUUGGAUCUGAUCUAUAUUUCUGGUGAGAAAAGUCAGCCGGAGCCUGGAGAGCUCACAGACUUAACAGCCCAGCACUUCAUACGCUUUGAGCCUGAAAACCUUCAGUCCACGGCUAGGAAACAGCUGCUUAUUAGAAAUGCUACGCAUGUGGAGCUGGCCUUCCACUGGCAGAUCAUGAAGCCCAACCUGCAGUGCCUAAUGCCUGGAGAAACCUACAGCAUGGACAGCAUCAAGUACCACCCUGACAGGGAGACGGCCUUCUCCAUCAUGCCCAAGAUGGGGGUUCUCAACCCCCACACCGACCACGAGUUCAUCCUGAGCUUUUCUCCUCAUGAGUUGAGAAAUUUUCACAGUGUGCUUCAGAUGGUGCUGGAGGAAGUCCCGGAACCCAUGAGUUUGGAAGUGGAUACCCUGAAGGGCCCCUCAUACUCUGUGGAUGACGUGAUCGUCCUGGAAGUCGAGGUGAAGGGCUCGGUAGAACCUUUCCAGGUUCUCUUAGAACCAUAUACCCUCAUCAUCCCCGGGGAGAGCUACAUUGGGGUAAAUGUGAAGAAAGAUUUUAAGAUGUGGAACAAUAGCAAGUCACCCAUCAGAUACAUGUGGGGGAAGAUCAGCGACUGCCACAUCAUUGAAGUAGAACCCUGCACAGGGACCAUCGAGCCCAAUGAGGUGGAGGAUUUUGAGUUGAACUUUACUGGGGGUGUCCCUGGCCCAACAAGCCAGGACCUGCUAUGUGAAAUCAAAGACUCACCCUCGCCAGUGGUGUUACACAUCGAGGCAGCCUUUAAGGGGCCUGCCCUCGUCAUCAACGUCUCAGCCCUUCAGUUUGGUUUGCUGCGCCUGGGGCAGAGAGCUACAAGCUCCAUUCAGAUCCAGAACAUCAGCCAGCUCCCAGCUGUGUGGCACAUGAAGGAGAGCCUGGUCUGCCUGGAGGAAAGGCGUGAGGGUGUGUCUCCCUUCAGCAUUGAGCCCUCCAGCUGCCAGGUUCAACCUCUGGGGGAGUGCAGAGUGGACAUCACCUUGGAGGCCUUGCACUGCCAGCAUCUUCAGACCGUCCUGGAGCUGGAGGUGGUAAACGGGGCCUGGAGCUACCUUCCUGUGUAUGCUGAGGUACAGGAGCCCCACGUCUACCUGCAGAGCAGCCAGCUGGAGGUCAGCAACCUCUACCUGGGCGUGCCCACAAAGACAACCGUCACACUCGUCAAUGGCACGCUCUUGCCCACCCACUUCCACUGGGGCAAGCUGCUGGGGCACCAAGCAAACUUCUGCACAGCAAAAAUCUCCCCCAGACGUGGCACACUGGGCCCCAGUGAAGAGCGCCAGCUCAAACUGGAGUUGACUACUCACACCCAGGAAGAGCUGACCGAUCUGGUCCUCCCUUGUACUGUGUCAGGCAUGAAGGAGCCACUGGUUCUGGGCAUUUCUGGGAAACCCCAGGGACUACAAGUGGCCAUCACCAUCUCUGCAGAGGACUCUGACAGCAGUGUUCCCAGCACAGAGCUGGGGCCAGGCCACCCGGAGGAGCUCCGCCUGGACUUCGGUUCGACAGUGCCACUGAGGACCCGCGUGAAUCGCCAACUCAUCCUGACCAAUUGCUCCCCGAUACAGACCCCUUUCACCCUCAAGUUUGAGUACUUUGGGAGCCCCCAAAACAGCUUGAGCCAAAAACCAAGCCUCCCCGACAUGCCUCCUGCCCUGCUGAAGAUGGCACGGACUCGAGAGCGCUUGGCCAAGCGAGAGCAGCUGGAUUUUAUGGAAAGCAUGUUGUCUCAUGGGAAAGGAGCUGCCUUCUUUCCCCACACUUCCCAGGGCAUACUGGGAGCCCACCAGCAGCUAAGCAUCAACAUCACAGGCUGUGCAAACAUGUGGGGUGAAUACUGGGACAACCUCAUCUGCACGGUGGGAGAUCUGCCACCAACAGUCAUCCCAGUGCACAUGGCAGUGGUAGGCUGCCCCAUCAGCUCCCUGAGAACCACCUACUACACCACUGACCAGUUCCAGAAGGAGCCUGUCAUCAGGUUCGGCACCCAGGUCUCUGGAGGAGACACGAUCACCCGGGUCCUUCGCCUGAAUAACUCCAGCCCUUGUGACAUCCGCCUGGACUGGGAGACCUAUGUUCCAGAAGACAAGGAGGACCGGCUGGUGGAGCUGCUGGUGUUUUACGGGCCACCUUUCCCGCUGCGGGACCAAGCUGGGAAUGACCUUGUGUGCCCUGAGACCCCUGAGAGCAGCAGCUCCAUCUGGUCCCCAAGUCCCUCCAACAUGUCUGACUUCAGCCAUGGAGCUUCCCAGUCUGCCGAGGGCAGCUCCAGUGACGGGGCCUCACAGAAGAUCAUCUCAGUCAUCCUGCAGGAGCAUGAGGGGGUGCCCUCUGACCACCCGUACUGUGUCAGCCCCAAGCAGAUGGUGGUCCCUGCUGGGGGCAGCAGCAGCAUCUACAUCUCCUUCACACCCAUGGUCCUUGGCCCUGAUAUCCUGCACAAGGUGGAAUGUGUUGGCUAUGCCCUGGGCUUCAUGAGCUUGGACAAUGAGGUGGAAAGAGAGCUUCCGGGGAGGAGACAUCGCCUGCAGGAUUUUGCUGUGGGACCCCUAAGACUGGACCUGCAUUGCUACGUCAGGCCCGCACAGCUAAGUCUGGAGUUGGACUACGGCGGUGGUGUGGAAUUCCGGCAUCAGGCCAGUGACCUUAUCCUUGAGCAGCCCUGUUCUGGGGUGCUGAGUGAGCUGGUGACCACCCACCAUCUGAAGCUGACCAACACCACGGAAAUACCACACUAUUUCCGGCUCCUGGUCUCCAAGCCCUUCUCUGUUUCUCAAGAUGGGGCUGGCCAUGGCCACAGAGCUCCUGGCCCUGGGCGGGAGCACCAGUGUGAAGAGGAGACUGCAGCAGUAGGCCAGCAGCUGGUGCUCCACCCGCAGGAGAACAUGCUGGUGAACGUGUCCUUCUCACUGUCCCUGGAGCUGCUCUCCUAUCAGAAGCUCCCGACUGACCAGAUGCUGCCCGGAGUGGACAUUCAGCAGAAUGCGAGUGGGGAGAAGGAGAUGGUGUUUACUCAGAAUCUGCUCCUGGAGUACACCAACCACACCACGCAGGUGGUGCCCCUGCGGGCCAUCGUGGCCGUGCCCGAGCUGCAGCUCUCCACCAGCUGGGUGGACUUCGGCACCUGCUUUGUGAACCAGAAGCAGGUCUGCGAGGUCUAUCUGAUGAACCUGAGUGGCUGCCGGAGCUACUGGACUGUGCUGAUGGGCCAACAGGAGCCAGACAAGGGCCCUGUGGCCUUCGGGGUCUCCCCAGGCAGUGGACUGCUGGAGGCACGACCAGUCAAUGCGCCCCCAUCCUCUGUCACCCUCCAGGUUUUCUUCACUGCCAGGAGCAGUAAGCUGUACGAGUCCACGCUGGUGGUGGAAGGUGUGCUCGGUGAGAAGGCCUGCGCCCUGCGGCUCCGGGGCCAAGGCUCUUAUGACGAGAGAUAUUUGUCACCCCACCAGCUCUGAUGCUCUGCCCUCAGUCCCUCAGCUUUGGAAAUAAAUGUGACUCAGAGC